AUGAAUGGCAUCGCCAUGGUUGCGCGGGCUCGGCCUGCAAUGGCCGCCAGCCGCCUGACCACCGUCCGGGUCGGCGCCCUCAGCCAGCGCGGCGCUGUCCGCCACGGCUCCGGCGCUGCUGCCGCCGCCGACCUGAAGAAGACGCCGCUUUACGACUUCCACGUCGCCCACGGCGGCAAGAUGGUGCCCUUUGCCGGCUACCACAUGCCCGUGCAGUACAGCAACCUGUCGCUGGCCGACUCGCACCACUUUACCCGCAACCACGCCUCCAUCUUUGACGUCUCGCACAUGGUGCAGCACAUCUUCAAGGGCCCCAACGCGGCCGCUUUUCUCGAGCGCGUCACCCCGUCGGCCUGGGCCACGCAGGGCCACAUGCAGAGCAAGCUGACGACGUUUCUGUGGCCGGGCACCGGCGGCAUCGUCGACGACACGGUCAUCACCCGCCUCGGCGAGGACGAAUACUACGUCGUCACCAACGGCGCGUGCCUCGAAAAGGACACAAAGUACAUUGACGAGCAGCUCGGCCAGUUUGGCGCCGGCGUCGAGUGGACGCGCCUCGACAACUCGGGCCUCUUUGCCAUGCAGGGCCCGCAGGCGGCCGAGAUCCUCGAGCAGGUCCUCGACAAGGACUACGCCAACGUCGAUCUCAAGAGCCUCUACUUUGGCAACGCCGUCUGGGCGCAGCUUAAGCUCGCCGACGGCAGCAAGACGCACCCGGUCCUCAUCUCCCGCGGCGGCUACACUGGCGAGGACGGCUUCGAGGUGUCGUUCAACGGCAAGCUGUACCCGGCCUUUGACACCACGACGCCCGCCGUCGAGGCCCUUCUCAAGGCCGCCGGUCCCGAGCGCCUGCAAAUGUCCGGCCUGGGCGCCCGCGACUCCCUCCGCCUCGAGGCCGGCAUGUGCCUCUACGGCCACGACCUCGACGACACCAUCACCCCCGUCGAGGCCGGCCUCAGCUGGAUCAUCCCCAAGGAGCGCCGCGUCGCCGGCGCCGGCUUCCACGGCGCCGAGACCAUUGUGCCCCAGAUGACCCCCAGGAGCAAGGGCGGCGCCGGCGUGUCCAAGCGCCGCGUCGGCCUCGUCGUCGAGGGUGCGCCCGCGCGUGAGGGCGCCACCAUCCAAAAGGACGGCGAGACCAUUGGCAACAUCACGUCGGGCGUCCCCAGUCCCACCCUCGGCAAGAACAUUGCCAUGGGCUACAUCAAGGACGGCCAGCACAAGUCGGGCACCGAGGUUGACGUCGUCGUCCGCGGCCGCAAGAGAAAGGGUGUCGUGGCCAAGAUGCCCUUUAUCCAGACCCGCUACUGGAAGGGUGAUGCUUGA